CCCAAUGAAAACGGGGAUAAAUUCAUCUCCUUUAUGGGUUGUGCUGUGCAGAAUUAUUUUGCAUUAUUUUUGGGUGGAACAGAAUGUUUCCUCUUGGCCUCAAUGGCUUAUGAUCGUUAUGUUGCCAUUUGCAAGCCACUGCACUACUCUGUUCUAAUGGGGGAAAAUGUUUGUACUAACUUAGCUGUAGCCUCUCGGUUAAGUGGAUUUUUCAUGUCCUUUGGCCAUACAACUAUGGUAUUCACAAUGCCCUUUUGUAAUUCUAAUGUUAUCGAUCAUUAUUUUUGUGACAUUCCUCCAUUACUGAAAUUGGCUUGUGGUAACACAUUUAGAAUUGAUUUUGUAGUUGUUGUGAUUUUUGCAACUUUUCCUUUUUUUCUGAUUUUAAUGUCUUACUCUGGAAUCAUUGCUGCCAUUUCAAAGAUCUCAACCUCUGAGGGCCAGAAAAAGACUUUCUCCACUUGCUCCUCACAUCUCAUUGUUGUGAUCUUAUUCUUUGGUUCUGCUUGUAUUAAGUAUAUGAAACCCAAUUCCACUGUUUCUCCAAAUGCAGACAAAUACCUCUCUCUUUUUCACACGAUCAUUUGCCUUGCUUUAAACCCUGUCAUAUAUAGUUUGAGGAACAAAGAAGUGAAAGGUGCUUUUAUGAGACUCUGGGAAAGUACACUUUUGGAUUGA